GGCCAUGGCUGGCUGGGCGGGGGCCGAGCUCUCGGCGCUGAACCCGCUGCGCACGCUGUGGCUGGCGCUGGCCGCCGCCUUCCUGCUCGCGCUGCUGCUGCAGCUGGCGCCCGCCAGGCUGCUGCCGAGCUGCGCGCUCUUCCAGGACCUCCUCCGCUACGGGAAGACCAAACUGUCGGGCCCGCGGCGCCCGGCCGUCUGCAGGGCCUUCGACGUCCCCAAGAGGUAUUUUUCUCACUUCUACGUCAUCUCAGUGGUGUGGAAUGGCUUCCUGCUCUGGUUGCUCUCUCAAUCUCUGUUCCUGGGUGCGCCUUUUCCAAACUGGCUCUGUGCUUUGCUCAGAACCCUUGGGGCAACGCCAUUCAGAGUGGGUGAGCAGGCGCUGUCCUCCUUCUUGGUGUUGCUGUUCCUCUGGGCCCACAGCCUGCGCCGGCUCUUCGAGUGCUUCUACGUCAGCGUCUUCUCUAACGUGGCCAUUCACAUCCUGCAGUACUGUUUCGGGCUCGUCUACUACGUCCUAGUUGGCCUGACUGUCCUGAGCCAAGUGCCCAUGGAUGACAAGAACGUGUCUGUACUGGGGAAGAAUCUCCUGAUGCAAGCUCGGUGGUUCCACAUCCUGGGGAUGCUGAUGUUCUUGUGGUCCUCUGUGCACCAGUACAAGUGCCACGUCAUCCUCAGCAACCUCAGGAGAAACAAGAAAGGGGUGAUCAUUCAUUGCCAGCACAGGAUCCCCUUUGGAGACUGGUUCGAAUAUGUGUCUUCGGCUAACUACCUGGCGGAACUGAUGAUCUACAUCGCCAUGGCUGUCACCUUUGGGUUCCACAACCUAACCUGGUGGCUGGUAGUGACCUAUGUCUUCUUCAGCCAAGCCUUGUCUGCAUUCUUCAACCACAAAUUCUACAAAAGCACGUUUGUCUCCUACCCAAAGCAUCGGAAAGCUUUCCUUCCAUUUUUGUUUUAAAGCAGGCUUCGUGGUGAAGAAUGCAGGCUGGGGGGCGGGGCCAGAUUCUGUUCCUAGAGACACUGGUGGCAGGGACUGAGGUGCACUUUCUGCAGGAGUGUUGGCAUUGCCUGUUUUCCUUCAGCACUGAGCAAGGCAGUGCUCCCGAAGAAGACACUCCCGGCAGACAGGGCUUGCGGGAUCUGCUUCUGCCAAGCUUUACAGAGCCAACCAACUGCCAGCAAGU